AUGGUGCAGUAUAAAGUGACCGUAUUCACUGGUGAUCGCCUUAAUUCCACUACUCUCAACAAUGUCUACAUUAAGCUGGUGGGCACAGAUGGGGAGAGUGAUCGCAAGUGGCUCAUGGGCUUGAAAGGGGCUUCAUCCUUCGUCAGAGGAGCUGUAUCAAAGUUUAAGGUGUCCUGCUCCACUUCCCUUGGAAAUCUUGUGCUGAUAGAGUUAGACAAACAGUCUCUCCCACUGUUCCCAGAAGAUGAUUGGUUUUGUGCCAAGGUGGAAGUGAAAUCCCCUGAAGGAGACAUCUACAGCUUUCCCAUCUACCGCUGGAUCACCGAUAGCAAGGUGCACCGCUUCAGGGAUGGAAAAGCUCUGAGAGUCUUUGAAGACAACCAUCAUCUUGGCAGGUACAGUCGGCAGCAAGAGAUUCAGCAGCGAGAGGAAGACUAUCGCUGGGAUGCAUAUGCAGAGGGAAUACCUCACUCCUUGAAGGCACAAAACCCAAUUUUUUUGCCAUCGGAGGUUCAGUUCUCCUUCACCAAAACUACAGAGUUUGUCUACACUGCUUCCACAGGACUGACUGAGCUGAAGCUGAAGGGACUGGAUAACCGUAAGGAGAAGUGGGAUAAUAUUGACAGCAUCAAUCGAGUGUUUUGCUGCAAAAAGACUGAAAUAUCAGAAUAUGUUCAGGAACACUGGAAAGAAGAUGCUUUCUUUGGCUACCAGUUUCUAAAUGGUGUCAACCCCAUUUUGAUCCAGUGUUGUACAACCCUGCCCAGUAACUUCCCUGUCACUGAUGACAUGGUCUUUCCCCGCAGUCGUUGCAACCUUGCAGAUGAAAUGAAGAAAGGGAACAUAUUCCUGUGUGACUACAAGCUUCUGGAUGGAGUAAAAGCAAACACCAUCAAUGGGAAGAAGCAGUACUUGAUGGCUCCUCUCGUCCUGCUCCACAAAGAUCCUGACAAUAAAUUAAUGCCGAUUGCUAUUCAGCUGAAGCAGACUCCAUCAGAUGACAAUCUAAUCUUUCUUCCUACUGAUUCUGAGUACGACUGGUUGAUCGCCAAGAUUUUUGUGAGAAGUGCAGAUUUCAAUCACCAUCAGCUCAAUGCUCACCUUCUGCGCACGCACUUGCUGGCCGAGGUUUUUGCAGUGUCACUGCUGCGCAACGUGCCCAUGGUGCAUCCUCUGUACAAGCUCCUCAAACUUCACACACGCUACACUCUGCAGAUCAACUUCUUAGCUCGACGCCUUCUCAUUUCUGAGAUUGGCGCUUUCACUCAGUUUGCAUCAUCAGGUGGAGAGGGCAUGUUUACAAUCCUGAAGAGGUCAGUGUCCUCAAUGACCUACAGCUCCCUCUGUAUGCCAGAUGACAUUGCUGAACGUGGCCUAGAAGCUGUGCCAAACUUCUACUACAGGGAUGAUGGCCUAAAGGUUUGGGAUAUCAUCCACAGGUAUGGAAUUCCUCAGACAUUUACUUGUGUGACUGAGUUGGUCAAGUUUGUCACCAUGGUGAUCUUCACUUGCUCAGCCCAGCAUGCAGCCGUGAACUCUGGACAGUAUGACUAUGGUGGCUGGAUGCCCAACACUCCCAUCUCCCUGCAACUCCCACCACCGACCACAAAGGGGACGACAAGCGAGGCCACAAUGUUGGCGACCUUCCCUGACGUCAAUGUAACAGUUCAGGGCAUGGCCACCAUGUGGUUACUCAGCAAGCAGUCCAGUGACUUUGUCCCUCUUGGCCAGUACCCGGAGGAGCAUUUCAUUGAGGAAAUUCCUCGCAAAAUACUAAAGGAUUUUCAGAUGGAGCUUGAAGAUUUAAGUUUAGUUAUUAAAGCCAGAAACAAGCGUUUAGAAGUGCCAUACACCUACAUGGAUCCGGCAGAGUUAGAAAACAGUGUGGCCAUUUGA